AUGGCGGGACCUGGGGGUUGGAGGGACAAGGAGGUCACAGAUCUGGGCCACUUGCCGGAUCCAACUGGAAUAUUUUCACUGGAUAAAACCAUUGGCCUUGGUACUUAUGGCAGAAUCUAUUUGGGUCUCCAUGAAAAAACUGGUGCAUUUACAGCUGUUAAAGUGAUGAAUGCUCGUAAGACUCCUUUACCUGAAAUAGGAAGGCGAGUGAGAGUGAAUAAGUAUCAAAAGUCUGUCGGUUGGAGAUACAGUGAUGAGGAAGAGGAUCUCAGGACUGAACUCAACCUUUUGAAGAAGUAUUCUUUCCACAAAAACAUUGUGUCCUUCUAUGGUGCAUUUUUCAAGCUGAGCCCUGCUGGCCAGAGGCACCAACUUUGGAUGGUGAUGGAAUUAUGUGCAGCAGGCUCAGUUACUGAUGUAGUUAGAAUGACCAGAAAUCAGAGUUUGAAAGAAGAUUGGAUUGCUUAUAUCUGCAGAGAAAUACUUCAGGGCUUAGCUCAUCUUCAUGCACACCGUGUAAUUCACCGGGACAUCAAAGGUCAGAAUGUGCUAUUGACUCAUAAUGCUGAAGUAAAGCUAGUGGAUUUUGGAGUGAGUGCCCAGGUGAGCAGAACUAAUGGUAGGAGAAAUAGCUUCAUUGGGACACCAUACUGGAUGGCACCUGAAGUGAUUGACUGUGACGAGGACCCUAGACGCUCCUAUGAUUACAGAAGUGAUGUGUGGUCCGUGGGAAUCACUGCUAUUGAAAUGGCUGAAGGGGCUCCUCCGCUGUGUAACCUUCAGCCCUUGGAAGCCCUCUUUGUAAUUUUGCGGGAAUCUGCUCCCAAAGUCAAAUCCAGUGGAUGGUCUCGCAAGUUCCACAAUUUCAUGGAAAAAUGCACGAUAAAAAAUUUCCUAUUUCGUCCCACUUCUGCCAAUAUGCUUCAUCAUCCAUUUGUUCAGAAUAUAAAACAUGAAGGACAUGUUGUUGAGUCACUGAAGAAACAUCUUACUGGAAUCAUUAAAAAGAGACAGAAAAAAGGAAUGCCUCUGAUCUUUGAAAGAGAAGAAGAUAUUAAGGAGCAGUACACCACACGAAAAUUCAGAGGACGUUGUUGUACCCAUGAACUUCUAAGACUGCCAACCAGCAGUAGAUGCAGACCACUUAGAGUCCUGCAUGGAGAACCCUCUCAGCCAAGGUGGUUACCUGAUCGAGAAGAGCCACAGGUCCAGGCACUCCAGCAUCCACAGGGAGCAACCAAGGUGUUCAAGCCACUACAGGCUCAGAACAAUGCACCUAGAUCUCUACAGGGGCAAGCCCAGCCAUCUCAGAGACUACAAGGGGCAGCUCAGGUGUUCAUGCCACUACAGGCUCAGAUUAAGGCUAAAACAUCUAGGCCCCUACAGAUGCAGAUUAAAGCACCUCCACGACUACGGAGGGCAGCCUGGAUGCUCAUGCCACUACAGGCUCAGGUUAAGGCACCUAGGUCUCUACGUCUACAUGCCCAGGUACCCAGAGACCAGAAAGAUCAGGCUCAGCCCCAGACAUCAGAAAAGCCACAGGAUCUGGACCGAGUCCCAGAAGAAUUUCAGGGGCAAAAUCAGGUACCUGAACAACAACAAGGGCAAGUUCAAGCCCCUGGACAACAGCAAGGGCAGAAUCAGUUACCUGAACAGCAGCUGGAGCAGAAUCAAGUACCUGAACAGCCAGAGGUACAGGAACAGGCUGCUGAGCCUACACAGGCAGAGACUGAGGCAGAGGAACUAGAGUCAUUACAUGUACAAGCCCAGGUGUUCUUGCCUCUAUUGUCACAGAACCACCACGUGUUGUUUCCACUACAUUUGGAUACUCAGGUGCUUAUUCCAGUAGAGGGACAAACCGAAGAGUCACCUCAGGCACAGGCCUGGGCACUAGAGCCCCCACAGGAUGUUGGCUCAGUUCAAGCACUGAUAGAGGGACUAUCAAGAAACUUACUUCGAGCACCAAACUCACAUAACUCAAAGCCACUUGGUCCACUGCAAACCCUGAUGGAAAACCUGUCAUCAAACAUAUUUUAUUCUCAACCAGAACAGGCACAGAAGAAGAAAAAAUCAAAGGUUUCUAGUCUAAGGCAAGCACUGGCAAAAAGAUUAUCACCAAAGAAGUUCCGGGCAAAGUUAUCACAGAGACCGGAAGAGUUUGAGCUUUUAGAUUUACAAGCCUACAGGCGAAGGCGCCAACGCAGAUGGGAGGAUAUCUUUAAUCAACACGAGGAAGAAUUGAGACAAGUUGCAAGUGACAAAGAAGAUGAAUCAUCAGACAAUGAUGAAGUAUUUCAUUCAAUUCAGGCUGAAGCCCAAAUAGAACCAUUGCAGCCAUACAUACCAAAUCCUAAAGGAAAUGAGGUCCAAGAAAGAUGUACUUCUGUGCCUUAUAACCGGGAUCAUGCACACCACGUCAUGUUCUCUUCAAGUGUUCCUCAGUGGUCUCUUUUGGAACAAGUUCAGAAGCCCAUUGACACCAGACAAAGAAGUUUGCAAAAUCCUCAAAAUUGCCCAGCAACAUCAGAAUCUUCCAAGGAAGAGAGUCCAGUGACUAGGAGAAGGUCACAAUCAUCACCUCCUUAUUCUACAAUUGAUCAGAAGUUGCUGGUUGAUAUCCAUGUUCCAGAUGGAUUUAAAGUAGGAAAAAUAUCACCCCCCGUUUAUUUGACAAAUGAAUGGGUAGGCUAUAAUGCACUCUCUGAAAUCUUCCGGAAUGAUUGGUUAACUCCUGCACCUUUCAUUCAGCCACCUGAAGAAGAUGGUGAUUAUGUUGAACUCUAUGAUGCUGGUAUUGAUACUGAUGGUGAUGAUAAUGAUUCUAAUGAUGUGUAUGAAGAUACUUAUGAGCAUGAUAAGAUACUUAUGAGCAAUGAUGCCUUGGAUAACCAUGUUGGUCAGGCUAAUGAUGUUGGUGAAGACCAAGAUGAUGAUGGCAAUGAUGAAGGUGUUGAUGACAAAGGCAAUAAUCAUGAUGAUGCUCCUAGUUGGCCAAGGUCAAGCUAUGGCAGAGGUGCAAGCUGGAAGCAAAAUGGUAGAGACGAUGAUAAUGGAGGAGAAGGUACCUACAGCAGCUAUGGAAGCCAGAGAACCAGUAGAAGCCAUUUAAGAUAUGCAGCCAGUGGGGACAAUACAGCUAUGGGAGAUCACGAAGAUAAAGCCAAUAUAGGAAGUGGGAGAAGAGGCAUGGAGGGCAAUGGAGGUAGGGGAGUCCAUGAAACCAAUGAAGAGAGUGAAGUCUUUGAACUCAGUGAAGGAGAAAGUUGUUCAGAGACAGAUGAUCCAGGUUUGGAGAGACCAACAUCCCAGGACAAUGAACAUCAACAAGAGGAAUCAGUUGGCAGAAGUGGGACCUCAAACACCAUUGCCUCAACACCUGAUAAUGAGAAUGACAGUAUAGACAUAUCAGAAGCAUCAACAGAAUCAGGUUUUUCUGCCAGUCACUCAUCUCCUUUCAACAUUUCUGGGAGUGCUGCAAAUACUGAAUUUACCAAUUCCAUUUUAUAUACUGGAUUAGUGGAAGUACCUGAGAAAUCACCUAAGAAAACCUCUGAAGUAAAUGUUAACCCACUAUAUGUCUCUACUGCAUGUAAAAAACCACUAAUCCACAUGUAUGAAAAGGAAUUUACUUCUGAGAUCUGCUGUGGUUCUUUGUGGGGAGUGAAUUUGCUGUUGGGAACCAGAUCUAAUCUGUAUCUUAUGGACAGAAGUGGAAAGGCAGAUAUUACAAAACUUAUAAAACGAAGACCAUUUCGUCAGAUUCAAGUUGUAGAGCCACUCAAUUUGCUGAUUACUAUCUCGGGCCAUAAAAACAGACUUCGGGUGUAUUAUCUGACCUGGCUGAGGAACAAGAUUUUGAAUGAUGAUCCAGAAAGUAAAAGAAGACAAGAGGAAAUGCUAAAGACAGAGGAAGCCUGCAAAGCUAUUGAUAAGUUGACAGGCUGUGAACACUUCAGUGUUCUCCAACAUGAAGAAACAACAUAUAUUGCAAUUGCUUUGAAAUCAUCAAUUCAUCUUUAUGCAUGGGCACCAAAGUCCUUUGACGAAAGCACUGCUAUUAAAGUGAUAUGCAUUGAUCAAUCAGCAGACUCCAAAGGAGACUACAUGUCCUAUGAAGCCUGUAUACGAAUUCUGGCAAAAAUACAGGCAGCUGAUCCAGCGAACAAUUUUAAGAGACCAGAUGAGCUCCUUCAUUUGCUGAAGCUCAAGGUAUUUCCAACACUUGGUCAUAAGCCAGUUACAGUUGACCUGGCUAUUGGUUCUGAAAAAAGACUAAAGAUUUUCUUCAGCUCAGCAAAUGGAUAUCACAUCAUUGAUGCAGAAUCUGAGGUUAUGUCUGAUGUGACCCUGCCAAAUAACCCCCUGGAAAUCAUUAUACCACAGAAUAUCAUCAUUUUACCUGAUUCCUUGGGAAUUGGCAUGAUGCUCACCUUCAAUGCUGAAGCCCUUUCUAUGGAAGCAAAUGAACAACUCUUCAAGAAGAUCCUUGAAGUGUGGAAAGAUAUACCAUCUUCAGUAGCAUAUGAAUGUACACAGCGAACCACAGGAUGGGGCCAAAAGGCCAUUGAAGUUCGCUCUUUGCAAUCAAGGCUUCUCGAAAGUGAACUGAAGCGCAGGUCAAUUAAGAAGCUGAGAUUUCUGUGUACCCGAGGUGACAAGCUAUUCUUUACCUCUACUUUGAGCAAUCACCACAGCCGGGUUUACUUUAUGACCCUUGGAAAACUUGAAGAGCUCCAAAGCAAUUAUGGUGUUUAAAAGAUUACAAUGAUUGAUUACACCAUUUACAAACAUCAUAAAUAUGCAAUUUGCAUCUUAAAAAUUCUGAGAUUAAAUUAGCAUUCAGUUUUAUUAUUAGUGAAAUGUUAAAUCACAUACUUUACUUUUAAUGUAGCACAUAAUAGUUCUAAUGAGAAGUGCAGCUUUAUAUAUAAAAUUAACUGUAGCAAGCUCUAUGUACUCCAGUGGUGUACAAUAUCUUUUGCACAACCUUUGUCACUUUUGUUACUGUGAAUUCAAGCAUUAUUCUUUGGACAGUUUGGACAGUAUCUAUAUGUGAAGAAACCUGUAAUGAGUUAGAUUUCAAGUAGUUUUCAAAAGAAUUGGCACUGAAUAAGCUUUUUCAGAAAAAGUAAGAGUAUAAAUGAACCAUAUAGGAAUUUUCAAAGUCAUAUAAAGAACUAAAUGUUAGAUUAUGAAAUGAAAACAACAAGGACUAUGCUAUAAACCAGACUAAGGUUGAACAACGUAUAUGCCUGGAGAAAACUACAGUGAUAAAGGGGGAAAAGACCACCCAUUUUCCCAUUGCCCCAUGGCAGUUAAACUCACAGUAAAAGAGCAGUUGUGUUCUUUUCACUGCAUGUUAAGCUGUUUUUCUCCUGGUAAGAAGAAAGUUAAACCUCAGAUGCUUUAUUUUCCUCAGAACCCCCAACAAUGUGCAAUAGUUUUUAAAAACCCCUAUGGUUUUUAAAUAAUACACUUGCAUGCCUGAAUACAGGACUGAACUCCUAUACACAUGUACUGUAGAAUUACUUUAUUUUUUUAAUACUUUAAUGUAGGAGUCAAAUUUUAACCCCAAGAACCAAUUGGUUGAUUUAUCAAUAUUCUUAUCUGGCCAACAGACAUUAAAUAUUUUCCCAACCCCAGAUAAAACUAUAUAAAAGUUUCCCUUCAGUUAUUAAAAAAAUAUAAUAAAAAUUUUAGCUGCUAAAAUUUAUCUUUUAUAUUUCUAUUUCUGUAAAAUUGGAAAUUUAUCUAAAGUGAUAAAUCCACAUGUAGGGACUUAAUGUUUUAGGUAAAAAUAAUGAAAAUAUUUUGAAAAAAUAAAACUUUGUUCAGAUACCCAAACCUACAAAUUUAGAGUGCUGAAAAUUAUGCUAGUUUAUCAUCCAUAUAUGUUAUAGAUGCCAUACAAAGGUGAUUUUUGGUCACCUAUGGUAACUGCCACCUGGUGAAAAGCAUAAUUUCUGCAUAUCCAUCCUCAAUACCAUGGUUAGUUCUGGGGCAAUAGAGAGGCAACUGAACUACCACAAAGUUUACCUCAGUAUAAUUCCUCUAGCCUGCUUCUAAAAUCUGAAGCCAGUGCUAGUGGGAUCAUAAUUUUCAAACUACCUGGUUAACCAAAAUACAAAAGCAGCUGACUAUGUGUGAUUUCAUGAUAGCAUGUUAUUUUCUUAGGAUCUUAGUGCCAGGAAUGAUGAUACAACAACUUAUAUCAAGAGUUUAGUAGCUCAAUAGUGAGAAUUUAGGUGAACCCGAAUCCAUGAAUUAAAAAAAUAAAUGUGAUUCACAUCUCUGUUACUGUGAUACAAUAAUGUGAUCCUAAAACUGGCUUAUUCUUGAGUGUUUACAAUUAAAAUAACUUUUUAAAUGCAGUAGUUUAAAAAGAAAAAAAAAAACUUUCAUGUCAAAUUAUUUCCUUAGAAGUAGUCUUCAUUAUCAUAAAUUUGUACACCUUAAAGGCCAUGGGGAACUUUGUGCAAGUACCUCAUCGCUGAGCAAAUGGAGCUUGCUAUGUUUGAAUUUCAGAAAAUGUUCUCAUUUAAGUAGUAUGUAGAAUCAAGUCUUUUAGGAAUUAAUUUUUCUUCAAAAUAUUUACUCAAAGUUAAGUUUCAAAAAUAACUUUUAUGUUAAAAUCAUAUUUUAAGGUAGUAAGAGGGUAAACUAUUUUAGGAUGUCAACUCCCAUUGUACUCUGUGGUUGUUAUUCUAAUACACAUAGACAAUAGUGAGCUACAUAUACAGAAAUGUCCCAAAGUAAACAAGCCGGAGAGAUUGCAAAAUGGGUAACUGAGCUUUAAAGGAUAAGGUGUUUAGUGAAGAAAGCAAGGUGAUCAUAUAUUAAGAAGAAAUUGAAAUGUUGGGUAGCCAAAUAGGACUGAACAUAUUUAAAGUGGUUCAGAAGUAAUGAAUAUUUUUGAUUUAUAUGUUAAUUCAUCUGGAAUUUUUAUACCAUAUGCCAGCUAGAACAAGUAAGUGAAGGGACAAUGAAAUGUUGUAGUCAGUGCACUGUAAUAGAAGAAAUUAUAUCAACACCUUACCUUGUAGCAGCAGCAUCUGGAAGCCCUGGCCUAUCACAGAAAUGUGGUGGGGGAUACUUGACAAGUCAAUUCCCUAGUUCUGUGAUUUGAAGCAUGAAUGUUGUGGUAGGUUGUGAGUAGUAUUGGGACAGAGAAAGUCUUAUUUCAGUGUACUUUAAUUUUUUCAUCAAAACCCUUUUAUUAAAAUAAAAGGCAUCAUUGGAAAUAUUUGAAAACUAGAAAAUGUGUGAAAAGGAUUGUCAAGAAAAGCUCUGAUUAAGUAUGUUAAAGAAAGGUAAGAUCCUCAGAGGAAACAGUAAGAAAGGAUCAUGAUUAAGAGAGUAAAAUAGGCAAAACAGAAAUUACAUAUGUAUGUACACACACAAACCAUUAGAAUGCAUAAAUUUUAACAUUUUCAGUGCUACCAGUCUCUAUAUAAAUUAAUCACUAAUUGUUUUCUGCCAGGUCUUACUUAAUUAAGAUAUAAGAUAGUAUCCAUAAAACCAGGAAUAAUACCACAUGAAUUCAAUGGGAACUUUUAGGUAUUCUUCUAUUCUUUUUAAAUGUGCUUAUUUAAAUUGAUUUGUAUUUAGUCUGUGCUCUAACUUUAAAAAAAUUAUUGAAAUCAUCUUUGAGAUUGCUAAUUGUUUCAUCAGAAAGUCUUCAAUGAACCGUUG